GUAGUACUAAUGUUGUUAUAGUUACGUCGAAUAACGUUACCAAGUAAACUUUUACAUGAAAUUUUAUAAAAGGAAGAUUUUCAUAUAUUUUUUAGUGUAAAUAUAUUGAAUUAAAAACUUAAGAAAGCAUUAAUAGGUAGUAAAUAGUUAUUUUACUAAUAAGUUGAUAAUUUUUAAAGAAUGAUUGGAAUUUCGUACAGAUCAUUUAAUUUGGUAAAAAUAAAAUGGCAUCAUCAGCAACGGAACGUAUUAAUUCUACCAAUCAGGCAAGAUCAGAAAAACUAGAAGAAACUACCCCAAUUCAAACUCGGGUGAUUCCAAGUGGAAAAAUUUAUAGGCAAAAAUUUGAUGCUGAAGUUCAACUGGUUCGAUCAUUAGAAAAGCAAAAAAGCGAAAUAAGAUUACAAUCCGCUCCGAGUGUUAAACUUGAUGAUAGAGAGCCAACUUUCAUGUCUAAUGUAGGAACAGCUACUAGAAGGAAAGAUAAACGAAUACCAGUAGCAAGUUCAAAUAAUAAAGAGGGUAUGUUAGAUAAGAGGCAACUGACUUGGGCCACAACUCAAUCAAAUGAUGACAGAAUAGAGAAUCCAAUUUUUUUUAAAUUUAUCGAAUCCAAUGCAAAAGAACCUGUAAGCGAGGGUGAAGAAGACGUAAAAGUCGUUGAAGGACUACCUGAUGUAAUUGCCCCAACAAAAACAAAUGAUUUGUCAAUUAUAGACAAAAUUAGUAAGAGUCGCCGAAGGCGGCAUGAAUCUAUCUUGGAGGACAUGCGUCAACAAUUAGCUAUAGUAGGAAAUAGGUUCGAACCGGAGAUAACUUCCGUUAGCGAAGACCUUAUAAAAAAGUUGACUGAAAAUGAUGAAUAUAUAUCACAAGUUUUUAAGAAGAUUGAAGAUGACGAGAGCUUAUUCACUUGCACGUUAGAAGAGUUGAAGUUAAUAUGGAGGACUGUUCACGAUCAGAGUGAGGAGCGAAAGAAAUGGAUUUGUGCUCUUGAGGCGGAACUUCACGAAAUAGAAGAUAAAAGGACUAUCGAGGCUCAAAAAAUUCUAUCACACCAUGCUGAUAAACUAUAUAAGAUAUCUUACCUAUUGGCCGCAGAUCUGGAAAAAUAUCUGGAUGCAGAUUCCCAACUUUUUCACGAGUCUCCUUAG